AUGGCUGAAGCGACAAAGUUGAAGGCUGGCACCAACGGUAAGGACGUUGCUAGCAAGCGUGCGCUUGACUCCGACAGCGAGGAAGAAAAUUUCGCAGUCGAUGGGAUACUGGACGUAGAGGCAGAUGAGAGCGAGGAGGGCGAGAAAGACGAUGAGGAGGAUUCGGAUGCAGAGUUUAAUAGACUUCUUGCCGAAGAAGAAGCCGAGGAGGUCGAGGAUAUGGAUGAGUACUCUGAGAGCGUUGAAUCUGGCGACGACGACAUGGCGUCGAUGGAGGAUAGAAUGGCGAACUUCAAAUUGAGAACGCUUUCUGAGGCCUCCCAGGAAGUGCGGACCAAAUUUUCGGACGGUACCCCGCGAAUUUUGAAACCAGAAAUCAAUCCAGUCUACGACAGUGACGACAGCGACGUGGAUACCGGUAACACGAUCGGAAACAUACCGCUUUCCGCGUACGAAGAAAUGCCCCACAUCGGUUACGAUAUCAAUGGGAAACGGAUCAUGAGACCUGCCAAGGGCUCUGCGCUGGACCAACUACUGGACACGAUCGAUCUUCCAGAGGGCUGGACCGGACUUUUGGACAAAAACACCGGAGCUUCGUUGAACUUGAGUCAAGAAGAACUCGAACUUAUUGCCAAGAUCCAGAAAAACGAGCGCACCGAUGAUUCUGUGAACCCAUAUGAGCCCAUGAUAGACUGGUUCACAAGACACCCAGAAGCAACACCUUUGACCGCGGCACCCGAACCCAAGCGCAGAUUUGUGCCCUCCAAAAAUGAGGCCAAACGUGUAAUGAAGAUCGUGAAAGCGAUCAGGGAGGGACGUAUCGUUCCACCAAGCAAGCUAAAAGAACUGCGCAAAGAAGAAGAUCAAGAAACCAAUUUCGACCUAUGGGGCGACUCGACGGAGACCAACGAUCAUGUAAUGCAUUUGGUUGCGCCAAAAUUGCCUCCACCAACUAAUGACGAGAGUUACAACCCACCAGAAGAGUAUCUACUGACACCGGAAGAAAAAGAGGCUUGGGAAAAGAUGGAACCUAGUGAACGGGAAAGAAACUUCUUGCCUCAAAAGUUUGGCGCUUUGAGAAAAGUCCCUGGGUAUGGAGAAUCGGUAAGAGAAAGGUUCGAAAGAUCUUUGGACUUGUACUUGGCGCCACGAGUGCGUAAGAACAAGCUGAAUAUCGACCCUGAAUCGCUAAUUCCUGAACUACCUUCGCCCAAAGAUUUGAGACCGUUCCCUAUUAGAUGUUCCACCAUAUACCGUGGCCACGAGGGCAAGAUAAGGACGCUUUCGAUAGAUCCAAGUGGCUUAUGGCUUGCUACUGGCUCUGACGAUGGGUCCGUCAGAAUAUGGGAGAUUUUGACCGGUCGUGAGGUCUACAAAGUUCAACUCAUCGACCAGAAAACCGGUAAUGGUGACCAUAUCGAAGUUGUCGAAUGGAAUCCCGACGCCACCACAGGUAUACUGGCCGUUGCUGCUGGCGAAAGCAUAUAUCUGAUUGUGCCACCUAUUUUCGGCUAUGAGAUUGAAAACACGGGCAAAACCAAGAUUGAAGACGGGUUUGGCUAUGACACAUUUGGCAACGUCAGGAAGGCGGACAUGAAUGUGAACAGCAAUGACGAGGAUGAUACGAAAGAGGCGAACGCGGUCAAAAAAACGGUUGCACAGUGGAACAAACCUACACAGUCUCAACUGGAGAAGGAUAUAUGUUUGGUAAUCACUUGUCGUCAUACGGUGAAGAAGCUUUCGUGGCAUAGGAAAGGUGACUAUUUCGUCGGCGUGCAACCUAAAUCCGGUAACACAUCCGUGUUGAUUCAUCAAUUGUCAAAGCAUUUGUCGCAGUCGCCUUUCAAGAAGUCGAAGGGAAUUGUCAUGGAUGUGAAAUUCCAUCCAUUCAGACCCCAAUUGUUCGUGUGUUCUCAGAGAUACGUGAGGAUUUACGACUUGGCGCAGCAGGUGCUAUUGAAGAAAUUAUUGCCCGGGGCGCGUUGGUUGUCUGCAAUCGAUAUACAUCCAAGAGGUGACAAUUUGCUUGCCUCUUCGUUUGACAAGAGAGUGCUAUGGCACGAUUUGGACCUUGCAAGUACACCUUACAAGACUUUAAGAUAUCAUGAAAUGGCGGUGAGAACUGUCAAAUUUCACAAGAACCUACCGCUAUUUUGCUCUGCUGCCGACGAUAGCACCAUCCAUAUUUUCCAUGCUGCGGUUUACGAUGACAUGAUGAAGAAUCCAUUGUUGGUGCCGUUGAAGAAGUUGACGGGUCAUAAAACCGUGAGUAACUUGGGCGUUUUGGAUGCGAUCUGGCACCCCAGGGAAGCAUGGCUGUUCUCAGCGGGUGCCGACGGCACCGCACGCAUGUGGACCAGCUGA